AUGACCAAAUCCCUACGUGUUGCCUUCAUCCACCCCGACCUGGGAAUCGGUGGUGCAGAAAGACUGGUAGUUGACGCUGCAGUUGGCUUGCAGGCGCUUGGACAUGAUCUUACCAUAUACACAUCCCAUCACGACCGCGACCAUUGUUUCGAGGAGACGAGAAAUGGUGACCUUCAAGUCCGUCACGUCGUUUCCCCUUUCCCUCGGUCCUUGAAGGGUAAAUUUCACAUCGUUUUCGCCCAUGCCCGCCAAUUGCACUUGACACUCCACCUGCUAUGGCCUUGGGCACCCAAAUAUGAUGUCUACUUUGUCGACCAGCUCUCGACGUGUGUUCCCUUUCUACGCGCUUUUGGCCAGACGCCCGUCGUCUUCUACUGCCACUUUCCGGACAAAUUACUUGCGAAUGGAGAGUUUGUUGAGGGUAAUUUCAAGAAGAAAGGUACUGGACUCAUGAAAAGAAUAUACCGUUAUCCCAUGGACUGGUUGGAAGAAGUCACGACGCGUCAAGCGGAUAUUAUCCUCUCCAAUUCCAAUUUCACUGCGCGCGUGUUCCAAACCUUCUUCCCCACAAUUCGCCAAACCCCUCGGACCGUUUACCCCGGCAUCAACAUCUCAGCAUAUGAGACUUCGGUGGACGCGUCUCAUCCAGACAUCGUAGCCGUCAGCAGCUCGAAGCCGACACUACUGUCUCUCAAUCGGUUCGAGAAGAAGAAGAACAUAGCACUUGCAAUCGAGGCCUUUGCGAAGGUGCGACAGCGGAAAGGCAUGUCAACGAUGCGUCUGGUGCUCGCGGGGGGCUAUGAUCCACGUGUCGAGGAAAACAUACAAACGCUGGUCUCAUUGAUAGACCUCGCAAGGAGACACUCUCUGACCUUCAACGUCAUCACGCCAGCCGCGUCUUCACUCAAGAUCCCUCCAUUCAACACGAAACCCCAAGAUCCAGAUGUGCUGUUUCUCCUCAGUUUCUCUAUGGAGCAGCGUACCGCGCUCCUCACGGCUGGCUCGACCAUGGCAUUGCUCUACACGCCGACGAACGAGCACUUUGGGAUUGUGCCUGUGGAGGCGAUGUGUUGUGGGUUGGCUGUUCUUGCGUGCAACAGCGGUGGCCCGACCGAGAGUAUUCUGGCAGCGCCUGCUGAGGAGCGAACUGGUUGGCUCUGUGCACCUGAUUCUGACAUAUGGUCCGAGGCGCUGGAAGAUAUCUUGGAGAUGUCUGAGGAGGACCGUCAAGCACUCAGUCUUCGGGCGAAGCAGCGGGCGCGCGCUGUAUUCGGGAUGGAUGCCAUGGCAUCAAGCCUAGACCAGGCCCUAGCUGAAGCCGUGGCGAUGGGUCCACCCGCAACCAUGCUUCGGGUUUGGUCGUUGGUGCUUGUUGGAUUUCUGAUUGCCUACGUAUAUUCUGCGUAUUUUGCCUCGUAUUAA